ACGAUCCCCAUUUCCCAUCUCCGAGAGAAGGAAGAGAGAGAGAGAGAGAGAGAGAGAGAGCAAUGGAGGUGGCAACAAUGGCGUCGUCCCCAACCCUCUCCUCCUCCCAUCGCUCGUUCCACGCUCCCCUGCGAAACCCUCUCCUCCCUCUCCGCCCCGAUCCCCCGCCAUGGCUCCUCCGCCUCCGCCCCCGCACCCUUCCUCUUCGCUUGCUCCGGCGCGCCGGAGCCCGCGCCGCCGCCGCUGCAGCUCUAGAGACGGAAACUCAUGUUCGGCGCAGCAGUUCUUUAGAAACCGACUUCCUUGCAUGCCCGAUUUGCUAUGAGCCACUGAUAAGAAAAGGACCUUCGGGCUUAAACUUGUCCGCGAUCUAUAGGUCUGGAUUCAAGUGUGCAAAAUGCAACAAGUCAUUUACGAGUAAAGAUGUCUUCUUGGACCUUACUAUUACUUCAGGAACUACGGAGUACAGUGAAGUGAAACCUGCUAGAACAGAGCUAUUUAGGAGCCCACUAGUCUCGUUUCUUUAUGAAAGAGGAUGGCGUCAGAACUUCAACCGGAGUGGCUUCCCUGGUCCUGAUGAAGAGUUCAAGAUGGCUCAAGAUUACUUCCAACCAGUAGCUGGUGGUCUGCUCGUGGAUGUGAGCUGUGGGAGUGGCUUAUUCUCUAGAAAAUUUGCAAAAUCUGGGUCUUACUCUGCUGUUAUUGCCUUGGAUUUUUCGGAGAAUAUGCUUCGCCAAUGCUACGAAUUCAUUAAGCAAGAUGAAACUCUCUUAAAUACCAAUCUUGCUCUUGUAAGGGCAGAUGUUUCAAGACUUCCUUUUAGAUCAUGUUCAGUUGAUGCAAUUCAUGCAGGUGCUGCCCUGCAUUGUUGGCCCUCUCCUUCAAAUGCAGUAGCUGAAAUAAGUCGGGUCCUAAGAAGUGGUGGCAUCUUCGUGGCCACUACCUUCUUAUCAUCGCCAUUGAAUACUCCCUUCUAUAAUGAAGCACUGAGGCCUCUCAGACAGCUUUUCGGGCAAGUCACUAAUAGCUACAGUUACUUUACUGAGAAAGAGAUCAAAGAUUUGUGCAAAUCGUGCGGGCUAAUCAAUUAUAGCAGCAAAGUUCAGAGGGCUUUUAUCAUGUUCUCGGCGCAAAAGCCAUGAGCUCAAUCAGUUACAGUGAACAACAAAACUGCAGUAAUCUGCUUACCUACUUAUUAAAGUGCUGGAGAACAACCAACCCACCAAAGAAGCAAAAGCAGUUACAAAUAGCUAGACAAAAAAGCCCCACACACAUAUACUACUAACACACUACUAUAUAUUACUUACUACAUACACCACCACCACCACCACCACCACCACCACCAUAUAUUCAUGGCUUCUGCAAUAAACUCAUCAUCAUCAUCAUCAUCAUCA